AACUUAACUGUCAUUAGUGUCACAGUGUCACAGAGCAUUUUGACGAAGUAAAGCAUUAAAAUACAAGCCGCUUUUUUUUCACGUCUGAACAGGAGAAUACGUUAUAAUUUGUCGCAAUUUAGUCAUUCGAGGUUUGGUGUAUUCAUUGGAUUCUGAUAAAGUACCAUAAUUGUCAAAAAAUGUCGAGCACAUCGCAAAAACACAGAAAUUUCGUCGCUGAGCCGAUGGGUGAUAAACCGGUAACGGAACUAGCAGGCGUCGGAGAUGUCCUUGGUAAACGAUUAGACGCAGCUGGCUUCGACAAGGCAUAUACAGUACUUGGUCAGUAUUUACUGUUGAAGAAAGAUGCCGAACUAUUUAAGGAUUGGAUGAAGGAUACAUGUCAAGCAAAUUCCAAACAAGCAGCGGAUUGCUAUCAAUGUUUGAACGAUUGGUGCGAGGAAUUUUUGUAAUUCGCUAGCUUUGCUGUAUUCUGUAUUUUAUGACACAUUCACAAUUUGUUUUAAUUUGUGUAGCUUGAUUUUACCAUUUAACACAGCAUAUAAGAAUAUGAGAAUAAAAAUAUUAUGAAAUAUAUAUUAACAGGAUUCAAA